AUGACAUAUUCGUCCAGCGGGCCUUCACUCGCUCAGGCCCUGGACAUGAAUAUGGAUCAGUAUCAGGAUCAGCAUCGCAGCAGGAAAAGCCAUGUUUAUGUCGAUCCUUCGCCAUCAACCUUGGCUCCCUCAAAUUCGGAUCUGUCCGAGCUACAUGACUCUCGUUCAAACAACCCUCGCUUACUUUCGCAUCCUCAUUAUAUCCGCAACAACGAAAUCAAGGUCGAAAAGGACGUCACCCGCAAUCACCUUCACUACGCUCAUCUCCAAUUGCGUCAAAUCGAAAGUUUUGAUGACAAGACCGUCGACCAAUCCGCCGAAAAGAGCCAUCUCCAGCUACACAAGACCGGCCACCAUUCCCAUUCUCAUUCCCACCACUCUCACCAACGUCUGCACAGAAGCAAAUCGCCGGCCAGCCUCCAUCUUCGCGCUGCCGAGCCCGAGAACGCUGACGCCAAUGCACUAAAACCUCGUGCUGAGCAGAAUCUUUUUACCCAAGUUGUUCAGACUGUGUCGGUUGUCCAAAUUGUCGAUUCAGCUGGUUCACCUAUCGAAGUUCAAACUCAUUACGCAGCACCUGCUACCGUCGUCGUGGAUUCUGCCACGGGCAUCACCGUCGCCGCCAUUUCUGACCCGGAACCCAAGCUGUCUGUGGCGGCCGCGGCGUCGGUUCCGGUUGCAAGCUACAAUGCCCCGUCACAACAACCACCCGCUGCCGCCCCGACCGUUGUGGAAGCCCCCAGUCUGACAGAUCCAUCACCUUCUGCAACCAUCUCAGAUGUGACCGUAUCCGAUUCAGUGCCCGAGCCUGUUAACGACACAACGCUGCUACCUACCGCGGACGUGCAAUCCGACACAGUAACCCCAACGCUCGAAGAGACUUCUAUUCCAGUCACAUCAACCAAUCCCGAUACUGCGAGUCAGGAAACAACGUCACCAGCCAUUCCCACGACCUCGAUUGACACGACAGCCUCGGAAGCUAGUGGGUCGGAAACCUCAUUCGUAACCACCGACGACCUAAGCGCGACGACUACCGAAGCAACUCUAAUAGAGACUACAUCCGACUUCACUUCAGAAGCGACCCAAGAAGUCACAUCCGAGGCAACAUCAGAAGAGACUUCAAAAGCCACUUUGGACGCGACCCAGACGAAGUCUGACCCAGCUACGACGAACACAGUACCGACGACAACAGGCACUAGCUCACGGGCAAGAAGCACCUCCACUGUUAUCGUCGUAUCAUCCACCUUUAUCACUUCUUCCAUCAACCCCAGCGACACAGACUCGGCAUACAGCUACUCCGACUCGGUUUACUCAAGUAUCUCGGCGGAACAAACUUGGUCUUCAGGGUGGUGGACAGACGAAGAUAGUCCAAACGGAGGAGCCGGCGGCGCAACAGCUGAUAUUCAGCCACCAGCAGCAACAACCACUUCUAGUUCCAACGGUACCGAUACCAGCACACUCUCACCUCAGCAGAAGCAAGUCAUUGGUGGUGUUGUAGGCAGCGUUGCGGGAGUUGCGUUCCUGGCGUUUUUCGUCUUGUUUGCCCUCAGGUACAAGAAGAAGCAUCCCGGAGGUGGACUACUGGGAGGUCACGAGACCGGCACGCGGUCAAUAGGUGGUCCUAUGUCUGGACCCGAUGGAGGAAAUGGAUCAAUGGCAGAGCGCUCCGGCGCAUCUUCUGUUAUGGCUGCAGCAAUCGCAGGGUUGAUGGGUAAAAAGCAACGACAAACACUCGAGCCCGCCCCCGCUGCCGAGAGGGGAUUCUAUCGAGUGUCAGGAAAAAAGUUACCUUCGGUCCUUCAAGUCGGUGGUGAUGGAUACUCUGAUCCUCGGGACGGACCUCCUCUUGCAGGGCCUCCUCUCACAGGACCUCCCCCCAGCGGUCGGGCAGUUCGAGAAAGUGUCAUGAGCGGUCACUCUGACUACUGGCGAGGCUCCAUGGCGUUCGAUCCUGCUGACCGAGACUCACAUCAUCUUGCGCUCGGGUCACCGAUGCGACCUAUCAGUGGUGUGCCUGUUAUCCGAUCUGGUCCAGCACGAACGCCUAUCACAGAGUCAAAUCCCUUCACGGAUCCACGGCCAAGGCCUGACUCUGAUGCUCUUGGAGGCUCAAUAGGUGGUGCAUCCAUUACCUCACACGAGUCACCGUCGCGGUUCCAAGAGCGGAUAUGA